GUUGUCCGUUUCGCAUAGACUGCCCCUAUAGUCAAGCAAUGGAAUCGCAGUAGUUAUAAGAAACAAAUGACAUGUUAUUUAAAGUGCAUGUUCAUAUUCAAUUGAUAUCUUUAUGUAAAUUAAAUAAAUGUCAAAAAGAAGUUUAAAGGUUUACGAUAUGGAGAAGAUUUCCAAUUAUCAAAAAGUAAUGAUGAUUCGAUUCAUGAAAAAUAAUCAGGAUCUUUUUAAUUCUAAAUGUAGUAAAGCUAUCCACAAGAAGAAGUGGCAAAUUCUCAGUACGCUUUUAAACUUGGAAAGAAAUGGUGUUCAAAAUAAACUUGAAGAAUGGGAAAAGAUAUGGAUGGAUUGGAAUAAAGAUGUGAAGACCAAGAUUCGAAAUGAGAAAAAAAAUCAAACUCAAACUGGAGGUGGAUCACCAAUUCCAGUUGAGUUUGAUUUCCUAGAUGAUCAACUUCGAUCUUUGGUCUUAAAGGUUGAUUUAACUUUACCACCCCAAGAAAAAUGGGAAGUAGAUGCUCUUAAGAAUUUUAACCUUCAAUCCGCAGCAGAAGAAAUGCCUCAAAUAAGCACGAGAAGCAACAAAAAAAAUAAAUCAACUACAACGAAAGAGAACUCGAAAAAGGAUGCUUCUGAAGAUGUGAUUUUGGUUUCUGAGUCAGACGAAGAAGAAUCAUCCUCCAGCAAAGUGCAGUGUUCCGACAAAAAGGCUUCUCUUGGAAAAAAUCUACCAAUCAAUAAAUUAAGAAGUAUCAUGUUACGAAGAAGAAGCCAUCUCAAUGCGUAUCAAGAACUAAAAAUAAAAAAGUUAAACGAUAUAAUUAAAUUAAAGGAAUCGAAGCUUAAAAUUGAAGAGCGGAAAAAUGUGAUUCUUGGUAAUAUUUCAGAGUGUCUGAAGGAGUUAACGGAAGAAAUGCGGCGAGGCCAAUAA